AUGGCGGCAGCAAAGGGCUGGUCCGGACAAGCCGAGUUGGCGAUCUGCUGCCUUGUUGACGAGACACGCGAGGGAAAAAAAUUGCUAAGAAGAGAUUUUCUCGGUCUUGGCUGCCUGGCGAAGUUUGAAAGUGUUGAGUUUCUUCGCCCGCGUGGAAAGCCUACUAGAAGUAUAAAUUCAAAGUUCUUCCUAGUUGCAAAUAAACGAGCGGUUCUCACAAAAGAUCAUCUUAUGGCGAUCAAGAAGCCAAGAAAAGAUAGAAAGAAGAUUUCCGUUAAAGUUGUCGCCGAAUUUCUGUCAAUGGAGGAUGGCAAAGUGCUCGAACGCAGAGAUUUGAGUGAGUUGUGUAGUUCUUUCGAAAAGGACGUCUACGAUGUAAGUGACGUUACCUACGUCGCUCUCACAAAUCAGAAAGGAAGCAGCUUUUUGCGUUCCAGAUGCUUGGAGGUGUACAACUUCUCGGAAGGAAGCGAAUCGUCAGUGUUAUGGGAUCAACUUCAGUGCCUGGUUUUUAGCAAAGAAACGGUUUCGGAAACAACGCAACAAGAAAGGCCUGUCGCGUUCUCCACGCAAAUCUACGAUCUUUUUCCCUGCGACCAUAGCCCUAGUAGAAAGCGUUUUCGUAAAGAAGAUGAAUUUGCGAAAGGAGACGUACCACUAGGGGCAAUAAUAGCGACUAAAGAUUGCCAGCUUGCAGGAUUUUUGGGUUUUUACAAUAAACACCCUGUGCCACUGUUGUUUGGAAGCAACUUUCAAGAAACAGGUACGUAGUGACUUAUAAAUACAGUAUUAUUUAAAUGCUCUGUGCCACAUAGCUCGGAUAAUUCUUUUUUCCGUUCGUUUGAUUACCACGGUAAAUGAAAUGAACCAUGUAGUUUACAUGCAGACCGAAAAACUUUGUAACAAUAAAAGUACUAUUAUAAUUGAUUAAUUUAUGGCAAAUGCACACUACGAUUUGUCGUCUGUCACUUUGUAAUUAUUUGGGCGUGGCCCAAAUAGAGUAAUGGAAACGGCUUGUUUUGACGCAAAUGUGCAAUAGGUACGCAAUACGUGCUAACGUAAACAAGGUAAGUAAAUAAGCGAACCGAGGCGAAUGCCACGCGAACGUCUUGUACAAGGUAAGAGGCAUGUGGGUAAGAAAGCUCUGCUAGCACACGGCACUUAAUAGCACUUUUCUGAUCUGAAUCUUUAGUAUUUUACCUUAUCGAAAUUUGGAAGUCUGAAGUCCACGAAUGAAAUCUAUCAAAAAUAUUUGGAAUAUUAACGACGGGUUUUGGUCAUAAUAAGAUCACAAGCAACGAACCUUGAAACACAGAAACUUAAAAAGCGGAUCGAAAUCCACCAACCACAAAUCAUAAACAAUGACCUUUUGAACCCGUUGAAGAAAACUUUCGUUUCCUAAGAGGUCCGCUACGAUGAUUGACAUCUGACAUUUUUUUGACGAGAGGAUCGAAAUGCACCAAUCAUAAGGGAACUUAAGAACCACGACGAAGUUCACGACGACGACGUCUGUUGACUGGGAAAAGACUGGAACGAGAACGUCGGUUUCGGCGGGAAAAAGGAAAGUUGAGAUGCGGUCGGUCGGUAGGUCGACGACGACGACACUGAAUGUAAACACAGAUGUAAAACUGUGAUGUUCGUUCGCAACAAAGUUUUUCGCAAUGGCGUCUUUCAAAACAACGCAAGAUCUUUUUAUAUUUGUUCAAGCCGUACGUCUAAUUUCAUUGACGAUGAAAAAUUGUUUGUGCUGUCUGACCAUUUCAAGUGGAAAUACACCUACUUUCCGUACGAAAUUAUUCAACUUUCAACUUGAAUGAGAUGGCCGAGUCCGAGUGUCCGUCAGAGUUUAGAUUUCGAAAAAGAGACAUUCUGAUGUGAUAGCUGUUUUCCAUAUAAAGUUUAUUUCCUCUAUAUUAAAGAUAUAUGAUUUGCCUUACCUAAAUACGUACAAAUAAAUUUAUCACAAUUCACUUACGAGUUCGCUCGCUCGGCCUCCUCAGCUGUUGCCAUUCUUCAAAGUAAAAUCAAUUCAUUAGUCGAAUUUUCAAUCAACAUCGCUUGUUUGGAGAAAAAAGGAACGAUACCUCGAUUUAGGAGGACAAGAAAAUGUAAAGGCCUUCAAAAAUCGCUUAAAACAGUGGAUUUAUACCUGCCGAAGCUUGUGGAUUGCAGGACGACGUGAUUCUACUUUGUCUGGCGUCGUCGACGACACCACGACGACGAAAUUUACUAGUCGCGCUUGCGCAGUACAGUGUAACUCACUUCCGGUCGUCGUCGACCAAGCCGUCGUCGUGGUUCUUAAGUUCCCUAUAGAAAGACCUAAGAGGUCCUCUGAAUUUGCUGUUUUCUUUAUUUUAUGUCCAUUUUCGUUUCCUUAUUUUGUGAUUGGUCGAUUUUGUUAGGUCGAGUGGAUAAUCCAAUGAGGGACGAUUUGGAUAUCGUUUGAUCCGAAAUUUUUCGAAGCAGCAGUGAAAAGCAAUUUGGAUACCCUUUGGCCGCGGCGUUUCCAGGAACGAGUUAAUAUGUUGUUCAAUCAUUUUAUCCCAGGUUAAACUUACAAAUGCACACACUGUUCGCGAUAGGCCCACACUAAAGAAUAACAGUGACUGUUUUCGGAAUGGGCUGGUCCGCGAACUCAAAGAAAAACAAAGGAAAUUAUCAAGACGUUCAAUGACAUCAGAGACUCAUGGACCCCAUAGACAUAAUAACAAAUUUGAAUAUCAGGAGUGUACGUGUAAAACGGCUAACAGUUUGAACAGAGAAAUGUUGAACAAGUUUGAGAGUCGCAAGAUUUGUGUAGGUGGUACGGUAAUCAGUGUGACAAUAGUGAUUUUGAUUUUUGCAUUGCGGAACAUAGCGAGUUGCGUGUGAUAAAAAUCUGUUCCGAUGAAGGACGAGACGAUUGUCAACAAUUGAAACCAAAAGGGACUGAGGCUUCUUUUGGAACUACCGUGAUAACUGCAACAAUUCUUUUUAUUAUUUCAAUUUUGUUUAGCAGGGUGACGGUUAAUGUACUUGUUUUUGUAUUGCGUGUUGUGCUUUUUCAUCUAGUUGUGUAUGUUGUGACGCGGUACAUGUACGAUGCUGUGCGUCGGGAUUUUGCAUUAUCAGCAAGUUUUGUGUUUAAUAAAGUGUUUUGAUGGCAGCGAGGUGACGACAAGAAAAGGUAAUGAGCUAGUUCUACAGAAGGAAAAUUGUGUUGUGGAGGAAAUAUAGGAAGUUGAAUUGAGCUCUCGUCGUAGGAAAUUAUUUAUAACAGAACUUACAAUUUCAAAAUCAGGUUAGUCAAUUAUAUUUUCGGCAUGACAAAUUACCAUAAAAUCGAGAUUGUAAUUCGAAACUCGCGUUGUUUUCAAAAUUUGCAAAAAUCGGGCGCUGCAAAGAAAUAUUUAGGUUGCAAGCGCUUCGAGAUACUGUACCUUCAGAACGGCAUAGCUUUUACUUGUUGUGCUAUAUCUUUCAAAACUUUCAAUCGAUUCUAGCUCAAAACUCUCAAAGCAGCGGUUUAAAUGUUGAAGCCCGUGGCUGGUUGAAAUCGUCUCUUGUUUGUUUUCAAAGGAUUUAGGAUGGAUCGAAUCGAUGGAUCGAUUAUUAUUUUAUCAGCUUGUGGUAUGAACGAAACGUUUUUUUUUUCUCGAUAAAGUUCACUCAACAAAUUUAGAAAGAUUUACUUGACUUUUCAUCGAACUGUCUUUUAAUUGAUAUGACUAUUGAUUGGAACGAUGUCAACGAUCUGACCAUGGAAUGAAAUGACCGGUUACCGUCAUGCCCCUAGCAGACUACCGAUGAGUAAAUUAAAGUCUUUGUUACAGAAAACACGGAAAGUGACACUUUUUGUAUGGAAGAGUAUUCGGAAAAAUACACCAUUGUCGUCUGAAAUUCAUUGUUACGUUAAAAAUAGAAAAGGUUUACACUUAAACAGGUACAGAAGUUAAACUGUAACUGUGUGAGGUUUUUACUAAAGGGGCAACUCAAAAACUAGUUCGUAAACGAGGGAAGGUGUAUAUGUCGUCUAAGCAUCAGAGCACAGGCGAUUUAGGUGGAAUGAGAUAUCCAAAUAGGCUUCUAAGUAAGAAUUUGCCCCUCUGUACGUGUAAUUAUCCAUUUUAUAGUGCUUAAAACAGUUUGAAUCACUGGGUUAAUUUUGGCCAAUGUAAGCUUUGUACUGAUAUAGAGAAGAAUCCAGGAUCUUCAGUUUAUGCAGAUGCUACAAAAACAAUUAAUGCUCCAUACUGUCAAGGAAAUGUUACAGGAUUUCGGGAAAAUGGUGGACAACGAUGUGUCGCAAUGAGUCUGUGUGCUCUAAUUUACAGUAAGAUAACAAAGAUUACUUCAGUUGAUGAUAUGACUCAAAUAAUGAUUGUUGAUAUUCAAUUAUAUUCUAGUCUGUCACUGCUUGCAAGACAAUAAUCUAUGUUAACGUUAACAGAAUUGCCAGGAAUGGUUACAGUGUUUGAGCAGUUUUUCCACCUUGAAUACAGUGACCAGUAACAGUUAUACUUGUAACAUCCAUCACUACUGUAUAUGCCACUCACAGGUUACAGCAUUUGAAACACUCUUGGCACUGAACUACAACUCAUUCAUUUUAACGGUGGCAAUUAUUGGUGUUGGUAUCUACAGCACUGGGGCUGGGGGAUAUAAUGUAUUUGAUUCUCAUGCUAGAGAUAUGUAUCAUAACAAUCAAGUGAAAGGACAUGUGUAUGGGAAAUACCAUCCAUGCAUAAAUUAGUAUAAUAUUUUCAGACUCUACAUAGGAAUGAGGAUAUACAUGAAUUUAAAGGUGUGUACAUAUUGCCACCUUUGAACCUCAUCUUUUCUCAAGCAAUGUUGAAAAUUGUAGUAUAUCAAAUUUUAAUAGUUACCAAUGUUCCUGUAAACAGUGCUACAAUAUACCCUUAGCAGUUUAUGCAAUGCGUUACUCUCUUAUUAAUCUUUGUGGAUACUGGACUUAAGGAACUUCAUUUGCCCUUGUUAAUAACCGGAAUACACUGUACAAAGUGAUGGAUGUGAAAACACAUCUGUCAGUAUCAGUGGAGCUGAGAUAAACCUUACUUACCGGGCUGUAAUCACUUAUGUCCUAAGUUGCAAUUUGGCUCCAAGCAUGUCUGCAUUGAAGAUGUGCAUAUUUUCAAACAUUGUCGUGAAAUGACACUAUUUUUGUCGUGGAUUGGGGCAUACUGUAUAAGCUGCGCGGUUCCGCCAGCAAGUGGAGUAAAGUAUUUGUCUUGUCAGGUAAGAUAUGAUGACAGUUCUUUAGCUGCAAUAAGGCAUGUUCAAAGUAUCAUAUCCAUAGUACGACCACGCCCAAAUAUACGCUGACACAGCGUCUUGUUCAAAAUUAUAUUGAUCUGUAUCAUUUAAACGUAAAAUUGCAACUCAAUGUAAACUUGUCAGAGAUUUCAACCCUGUCAACUAAAAAAGGGAGGUCUUACACACCGCUCCCACGAGCGCCAAAGGUGCAGGGUUGUAGGGGGUUCUGAAGGCAUGCUCCCUCGGGAAAAAUUUAAGAUAUGUGCCUCUAAGAUGCCAUUUCCUGCAUUUUGAGGUCACAGUCAAAGAAAAUACUGUGCCCAAAAUUAUCAUAGGCUCAUUUUCGGAUGCCAAAAGGGUAAAAAUGGCUGAGAGACCACAGAGAAACAGCAAAGAAGCAUGCUAAAAGACUGGUUAAAGAAAAAAUGGAAGAGUUUCUCAAACUGGGAGAAUAUUAAAUGAAAACAGGGGGCCGGAAAUAUUUGCCUAAAACGGGAGGGUUGCAAUCCUGACUUACAUGUAAAUUAGCAGUGCUCCACGCGUGGGCGAGUGUAGCUCCACACCUAAGAAAAUGUGGUAAUCUACCCAUUCAAGAAAUUUUGGUUAUCUCUUCACUGUGGUUGUUUACCAUUUACCACAAAUUCCCGGAAAUUCCUGUUGGGAUGUCAAUGGUAAAUGUUUUUUGGUUCGUUUCACUGGAAAAUUCCUGGGACAAACGGAAAUUCUGAAAAGGUAGUCCGGUUUUCCCGGUUGGGAUGUUCUGCGUGGAAAUUCGUUUACCAUUUACAGGUUUCUUGAGUUUUGUGCUAGUUUCAUGUUGUAACUAGAAUCCAGUCUAUCGCGCUACAGGGUUUAUCAUAACUGAAUCUGUCAGUAGGCAAGAUGAAGCGAAUCCUGCAUUCUGAUUGGAUAUGUGAGCGGGCAAGAUGGGCCAGGAUUUCCCGUGUUGGUCCAGCAAGAAAAAGUUCUCUUUUUGGCCAUAUAAUAAAUCCUUUAUGUUUCAACCCUAACUUUUUUUAACUUUUCCUUCCCUCCUCGAUUAGCUGUAGGCUACUUUGCCGGCAAGGAUCAAUUAUGGCUGGUUUCAAAAGUGUUUUUAAUAAACUUGAACCUUUAAUGACCAGGCUUGUUCAGUUUAAUGGCUGUAUGUUGGUCUCAUUCUUUUUUGACCAGCACGAAGUCCAGGUCAACAAAAUCAGCCAAUAUCCAUCCAUCUUGACCUCACACUUGGUCAAUAAUGCAGUGUCUACAAAGUUGAAUGUACAAAAGAAAAAUUCUGAGCCUUGAACAUGCGCAUGCAAGUUUUGAUUUCAUGUGUAAGAUGUCAUUUUGUGAAAUUUGACAUUUAUUUUCUCGGGCUCUCAUAAGAAAUUUUCUUUGGUGUUAUCACAGAUAACUAAUUACAUCUAUAGCCCUUGAAAAUUAAGUUAUUCUGGUACAAGGUUUUUGUCCACUGAAAAUUAAAAAUUACUCAAUUUCAUACGUUAAUCAUGCUUUUUUUUUCUUAGGUGAGACAAUGACUCAUACUGGACAAGAAUCACAGGGGUGUGCUUUAGAGAGUGUUAGUCAUACGUCCUAUCAAAGUCAGCUAGCUGGGCUGCGGUCAAGAGCACUCUGUCUUGAGGAUUAUCUCAGUCAACCUUCAUUCAUGUCACCGUUGGCAGUAAAUGGGUCGGAAGAUUCAGGCGCAGGUGAAAUGGCUCUUCAGCAGCAGAAUGUAGAAAGUUAUGGAGAGGAUGACCUGCAGAACAACGAAAGCCAAGGUACAGGUUUAAUUAUGAUAGUCUGAUAAUGGGGAGGUGGAUGCCAACCUCAUUCUCACUGGCGUGGUCUGCAAAGGGGACUGUUUUUAUAUGGUCCUUCAUUACUUGACUUAAAUUCCCACUGUUGUUGCUACCCUCUAACAAUUUCACUUGCCAAGCAGAUUUUGGGUGGGGUAGCAGGUGUGUUGUCAGAAAUAGGCUUCUAAAGAUACAAUAAUUCAUUUUUAAAGUGGAUUAUCAUUAUACAGUCACCGGCAUACAUUUGCCAGUAAGUGAUACAUUAAUGCAGAACCAAACAUACAACAGCAUUGUAAAGUUAAGUAAAACUUUAUUGAAUCUCCCAAUCAGGGUUUUUCAGACCCAGCGUACAUAAGCAUAUAGACUCAUAAGGUUACAGUUUGAAAUACUGAAUAAAAUAUCUUAAAACAUUAAAAUAAUUUAUAAAUUAUAACAGAUAAAAACAUCAAUGGGUAACUCUCGUAGCUGACAAGAAAUGAUGCAAAAAGGAAUUCUCUAAGUUUCUUUUUGAAAGUACGAAGGCGGUCUGCAGUAGUGAUCACAAGUGGCAAUGAGUUCAAGAGUUUGAUUUUGCUCUAUAUAGAAACGUUUGUUGACCUGCAGCGGGUUGAUAAGCUGGAAUGUUAAGAUAGGCCUUAUUUCUUGUGUUGCGAUCAUGAAUAGUAGAUUUUGUCACAAAGCAAUCACUCAAGUAACUUAAGGUGCUAGCCCUUUCACACACUUAAACGUGAGAAUGCCUACCAUACACAUCAAAUCAUAACUCACAGGGAGCCAGCAUAACUCCUGAAGAGCCAGUGUUAUAUGAUCAAAUUUGCAUGUAUUAGUGAUUAUUUGAUUAUUCUUACAGCAAAAUUCUGGAUUUUUUGCAGCUUUGAGAUAUUUUUCUUAGUUGUGCGAGGCCAUACUGGAGAACAAUAGAAUAAUUUGCUAAAUACCAGCACAUUAUUGAUAACAUUCCCCAAUGUCCUGGUGCUGAGAAGGUUGUCUCACCCUAUUUAUCUGACCUAAACUACAUAAACAUGAUGAGACAGUGUAUGUAAUACGUUCAUCAAAGCUAAGGGUGGAGUCUACUUGAAGUCCCAGGUGUUGUACAGAGAAGGCUGUAGUAACUUCCUUUCCAAGUAGAUCGAGAGACGUGAAAGUCUGCAGGUAGUCUCUGCAGCAUUUGUCGGGUUUCCAGCACCAUCAACUUGGUCUUGUCUGGGUUGAUCAAAAGAAUAAUAUAGCAGCACCAAGAAGCAGUCUUCAAUAAAUUAUCAUAUUUAAUUUGCUGCAUGGACCACACUGCAAGUAUCUUUGACAGAAAAUGACAAAUAGAGUCUCGAAUUGUCAAAGUCUGAUAAUAUUUCCAGAGAACCAAAUUUCGGGAUGUUGGGAAGGUCGUUCAUGUAGAUGGUGAAUAGGGCCGGACCUAGGAUGGAACCCUUUGGUACACCAUGAGAAAUAGCACCCAGACUUGAGGCCUCAGCACCGAUCGUAUUGUUGACGUCCCGACAAAUAGCUUCCAAACCAUUCCAGAGCGGUACAACCAACCCCCAGUGUCUUUAAUUUUGCCAGAAGUCUACUAUGGUCUAGACUGUCAAAAACGCCUUUGACAAGUCUAGGAGGAAUACAAGUGUCAGUUUUUUUCACAUCCAUCACCUCAAGUGCCUUAUCUGUCAUCAUAACAUUGAGCGUUUCACAUGAAUGCAGCUUCUUGUUGCCACUCUGAUGCUCGGUCACUGCCUCUCUUGGUCAUGUACGUAGUCAAUUGAUUCAGAGCUACUCGUUAGUAAACCUUCGAUGCAACUGGGAGUAGCGAUACAGGGUGGUUAUUGUUUGCAAUCUCAUGAUCUCCUUCCUUAAGUAACGGGGUAACCUCUGAAAUGUUCAAAUGGGAUGGAAAAACUGAUGACAAUAGGGACUGGUUCACGAUGUCUGUAAGUACAGGCAAAAUGCAAGGAAGUGAAUCCUUAAUCACUGACAUAGUUAUCUUGUCAUGGCCAGGUGCCUUAGUGGAUGAAAAAGACAUUAUAAUCCUAUGGAUUUCAUGAGCAGAGACUGUGUGAAAUUGGAAUUUAUCUGCUUCACAUGGUAAAUUUGUUUAGGAACAAGUACGUUCUAGAAUUAGUUCACAAUCAAGGUAUAGGUACACUAGAAUUUUCCCUAUUUAUAGUCUCUUUCAUUUUGCUUCACACAGGUUUUAAAAUAACAUGUCAAAUAGUCCUUGUUUUGAAGCAAUAAUAUAUCCCUGUUAAAUAUAACUUCUGACUGUUGUUUUGCAGGCCCUUUUCCAACAGAAAAUUCCCAUAGGUUCACUGAUUCCUGCAGGCAUCUGGCAGAUUAUUCACCUCCCAAGGAUGUAGGUAUGGUC